UGUGUCUUUUUGUAGAAUAUUUGUGUUUCUUCACUGUUGUUUUCUACUGGGACGUGUGGGUAUUGUUUUUUUGCAAACUAGUCUCCGCUAGAAACGCAAAAUUUUGUCGAAAACAACCCGAAAAAUCACAGAAUUAGGCCGAAAAGCUUGGUUUUUUUCAAGAGUUUAAGCGGAAAACAAGAUUUUCCAACUCGGAUCUGAGGGUGAAUUUUAUGUUUUUGAUCUGGCAACACUGAUCAGGUUGAGUGAAGCCAGAUGCGUUGUCACAAGGCCUCGUUUUUGACAAGUCCGGUUCUGCACAAUGCUUUGGAAAGGCGCCCCACAAGCCCCAAGGCUCCUUCUUGCAAAAAAUCCCGAAAAAAAUCAAACUUGUGCAACGACGGAAACGUCAAAUUCAUACCCUUGGCAAGUCAAGAGUAUCGAAACGAAAUUCAUUGUAGCAUGAAAAAACCAUUCUAAUUAUCAGCUUUUCUCUCAUUAAUAAUCGAAAUGAUGGGAUUUUCGAACGUUCAGUUGGUCCUACUGUCCGUGUUUCUGUUUUUCCUCUCUGCUGGGAUCCUUCAAGCCCCCUUGUCGCGCCAUAUUGCCAUCGAGGGUGGGACGCAUUUCCUUCAGGGAUGGUUGGCCGGUUUUAUUUUCCUCUCACAAUCAAUCGCAAAAGAGUUUAAUGCACUUUUCCAGCAUGGCAAAAAAUACGCCCUCAAUUUUUGCCUCUUUUCCCUCUUUUUGGUCUUCUUCACUCUUGUUUUUCGGGACACUUUGUGGGUGACUGUGGGGUGCAGGCUGAGUUAUGCUCUAUUUAAUCAGGUUGUGCCUUGUGCGAAAGAAUUCGUUGCAAAACUGACACCGGAAGAAACACAUAUUAAGUAUUUUAAUCUAGUUGAAGGGACAAGGGUUGCAGGGCUCGCCCUUGGGAAUUGUCUUGGGGGACAUUUAUUUCUGUGCAAUGAGGAUUUUUCGUCGCUUGCAAUGUUCUCGACCGUUUUCACACUAGUGGCAAUUCUUUUGAUGCAAUACGUGGACGAAGACACCGACAUCAAGCGCCCCCAAACCCACUUCAAGCAAAUGCCCUCAAUCUGCUACCAACGCCUCAAAAACCUCAAAACUGUCAAUUACAGGAAACACUGGGACUGUAUAUUGCUCCAAGCCGCCUAUACCACAACAUUCUCAAUUUAUUUCGUCCGUUUUUGCUUUUUGCUCGUUUUUAAUUAUAAUCUAGGAACGGUGGUCAUUGGUUAUUCAAUUGCUUAUCAACAUAUGUGGCUCUUUGCCACGUCCAUGUUGGUCCCUUUUGUCAAGGAGAGAAUCCAAGACAAGAAAAGUUUAUUCGAGCACAGUCUCUUAAUUUCCGGGUUUCUCCUUCCGGGAUUGUACUACGCCCCCAGUUAUGAGUGCUAUUUGUUUCUUCUAAUUCCGAUGUUUUUCUUCUUUAUGUUGGUAAACUCGUUGUUGAAUGAUGAUGCUCUGGGUUUGAGGUCGAAACCUGAUGUUUUUGAAGCAUCAAACACCAUUGCCUAUUUGGUGAAUGUCAUAGGGCCGAUUUUUUUCGGAAUUGUGUGUCAGUUUUUCGGAGGUUAUGGAUUUAAAUUGCUGUCAUUGCUACCAAUGGUGAUUUGUGUCUAUUUGAUGAAUCAGAGGUUAAUGAAGAAGGAGGAAAGGGAAGAAGAAGAAACGGAAACAAGAAUCAAACAAGACUAACUGUAACAAUAAAUUUUUACUAAUAAAA